GCGCGCGGAUCCGAACCUGGGAGGACGGCGGUCACGCGCUUCACUCUGAAAACCUCAAAUAAACAAACAAACAAACAAACAAGCAAAGGUCCGUCCGGUUUUCUGCCGAUCUGACCCUGGUGGUCGAUUUUCUCCUGUGGUGUCUGUGUGGAGCGUGCCACACACCCACUCCACAACAACGACGGCUUUGGCUUGCAUCUUCCAGUGUUUCCUCUGUCAGCACGUCCAGCAGAGCUGCAGCUCCUCCAGGUCCAGCCCUGACGCCAGCGAGGAGCCCUGCCCCACUGACAUGGUGAAGAUGACCAAGUCCAAGACCUUCCAGGCCUACCUGCCAUCCUGCCAUCGUACCUACAGCUGCAUCCACUGCCGGGCGCACCUGGCCAACCACGACGAGCUCAUCUCCAAGUCGUUCCAGGGCAGCCAGGGACGAGCCUACCUGUUCAACUCCGUGGUGAACGUGGGCUGCGGGCCGGCUGAGGAGCGGGUUCUCCUCACGGGUCUCCACGCUGUGGCGGACAUCUACUGUGAAAACUGUAAAACCACGCUGGGCUGGAAAUACGAACACGCGUUUGAGAGCAGCCAGAAGUACAAGGAGGGGAAGUUCAUCAUCGAGCUGGCUCACAUGAUCAAAGACAACGGCUGGGAGUGA